GCCCUCCUGCCCAGGCGCCCGCUAGGUGGUGCCUGGCUGGGCCCGACUCCGCCCGCCUCCCCACUCACUGGGAACUAACACCCGGCGCCGCUCAGACAUCUCUAUUCCCGCCUCUCCGACCGGGUCUCACCUCUCUCCUGGGCAGCUGCGCGGAGAACUGGGGCUCACCGUCAUGGAUGCUCUAUCAGAAGCAAAUGGCACAUUUGCAUUAAACCUUUUGAAAAAGCUAGGGGAAAACAACUCAAACAACUUAUUUUUUUCCCCAUGAGCAUAUCAUCAGCCUUGGCCAUGGUUUUCAUGGGGGCAAAGGGAAACACCGCAGCUCAGAUGUCUCAGGCACUUUGUUUUAGUAAAAUUGGAGGUGAAGAUGGAGAUAUUCACUGAGGUUUUCAGUCACUUCUUGUUGCAAUUAACAGAACUGACACUGAAUAUGUGCUUAGAACUGCCAACGGGCUCUUUGGAGAAAAGUCUUAUGAUUUCCUCACAGGUUUUACAGAUUCCUGUGGCAAAUUCUACCAAGCAACGAUAAAACAGCUAGACUUUGUGAAUGAUACAGAGAAGUCCACAACACGUGUAAACUCCUGGGUUGCUGAUAAGACUAAAGGUGAAAAUAUAUUGUUAUUCUAUUUCGAUAAUAUUUUAAACAGUUUUAUAGUCAGUUCUUUACAAAACUGUCAAAUAUAAAAAGGAGUCCUUUUUUCUCUAAACAACUAUGCAAACAUUAAAACCUUUCUUUGGAAA